AUGUUACAAUCAGCUUAUUUGAUAGCAACAAAGCUUAAUAUUAUACCAGAGCCAUUGCAUUUGGUUUUGAGAGAGUUUGGGGGUGGAAAUGGAGGUGGGUUAGGGUUUAAUAAGAAGGAUUUUGGGUGGGGAGGGUUUGAUGGGAGGAAAAAGGGGAAAAAGAUUGGAUUUUUAGGGUUCUUGAUUGUUUUAGGCAUCUGGGUAUGGUUUGUUUUUGGGAAAGAAGUGAGUGUUGAUGUUAUUCUUGGAUUCUUGGUGUUUUGUUUGGUUGGGGUUUGUGGUGUUUGGGGGAAAAUUGAUGUUCAGGAUUGGUUUUUAGGGGUUUGUUCUUGUGCUGUUUUCGUUGGUUUGGGGAUGAGAAGGGAGAGGUUGUGGAAUUGGGGUAAGGGUUUCAGGGUUGCAGAUGUUUUUAGGAGAGGGAGGAGAAGAAGUAGGAUUUGGUCGAGAUGA